AUGCGGCUCACGGAAACUCUGGCCGCUAGCAAGCGGAACGUCACUCUCUUGGCAAAUGGGGGAUCAAAACCUAUUUGGAAGGCUUAUGCUAUUGCGUUGCUGGCCCAUAUGACAACGCAAGAUGACCUGGACAAUUCUACCAAGGCGAUCUUCGUCGCCUCUCCAGGCCUCUUCGAUAUCCCUUCAGGGGAGUUUGCUCCUCAGGAGAUCGCCAAUGAUCACAUCUUCCGCCAGACCGAUGCUCUGCAGAAUACCCAAUCCUCAUUCUACACAUCUGAUGGAGAAAGCUACUUCGAUUCUCGUCGCAAGUAUCUACAAGCUAUACAUGACGAUGCCAUGACUUCAUCUGAUGUCACUGGCUCAAUCUCAAAGCUCCGCUCUGAAGUUGAGCAGGCGCAGGACAGAAGUGCACAGGCAUACUUGAGAGACCUCUAUUUGUACAACAAGAGUGCAAUUGUGGCUGGAUCUGAGCUUGCCAACUUUGAAGCGUGGGGCGAGAAGUUCGGCAUUUAUUAUGCAUGGGCGAAGAGCGAGCAGAAACGGCUCGAAUCGGAUUACACCCUUGCCGCCACUAAAACAUCAAGCAGCGUUGGGUUAGUAUUGGCUGCGUUUGAUUUGGCACGGGAUACCUCAACGCUCAGACUUGGGAUUCCCUCUGAUCAAAUCUAUUAUAGGCCCUUGUACUCAAUCAAUGGCAUCGACCGGAGAUUUGACUCCUGGGUUGGCGCACAAAACGGCGGCCGUGAAGAAGUUGAGUUGGAUCUCGAUCUUUCUAAUGCCAAGACAGCUUCUUGGGCCAGCCUUGGGUUUCCGAAUCUUGAUCACGACCCUCUCUACGACACCAAGCUUAUCGACGCUACCAAUCCUAAGAUGACACUCCCACUCAAAGCUGGGGUGGAGAUCAGGAUGACAUGGGAGGAGGACAGGAAAAGUCAGCUGUCUGACGCUUUGGCCGGCUCAGGUGGAGAGAAGAUAUUGGUAAUGAAAACUGACAGGUGUACCAUUCAUAACGAUGAUGGGCAAGUCGUUGUUGCUAGUGCCCCUAGUGGCUUUCCGACCGUGUUGGCGGUCCUGGGACGUGAGAUUUAA